AACAAGUAUACAGUGGUCGUGCACCGUCGUAUCACCGAUCAACAGUACGGGCAGUACCUUAUUAUCAUCACCAGACUCCAGUUCGAGGUCAACAGCAUCGAAUUAAGUUCGUUCCUUAAUACACUCUCGCGAUUAUUAACAACAAUAAUGGAUAUUAAGAAAGUUUUAGUUGCCGAUGCUGUCGAUGACGCUUGUAUUCAACUUUUAAAGAAGUAUUCCAUUGAUGUCGACUGCAAAUACAAGUUGCCUAAAGAUGCAUUAAUUGAGGAAAUUAAGAAUUACGAUGCAGUAGUGGUAAGAUCAGACACCAAAAUUACAGCAGAUGUUAUUAAGGCAGGUCAGAAACUAAAAGUAAUCGGUAGAGCCGGUGCAGGAGUUGAUAACAUUGACGUUAAGGCAGCUACGGAAAAUAAUGUCGUAGUUUUAAAUACUCCCGGCGGUAACGCUAUUAGCGCGUGCGAACUAACAUGCUCCCUAAUUACAAAUUUAGCAAGAAAUGUGACCCCAGCUAGCGCCUCCCUAAAAGCUGGAAGAUGGGACAGAAAACUGUACUCAGGCCACGAGCUAAGUGGAAAAACUCUUGCCAUUAUUGGGUUGGGAAGGAUUGGAAAAGAGGUUGCUACCAGGAUGCAAGCUUGGGGAAUGGAGACCAUUGGCUUUGACCCAAUUGUUUCAGCCGAAGAAGCUAAAAAAUUCAACGUUGAAUAUCUUCAAUUAGAGCAACUAUGGCCCAGAGCAGACUACAUUACUGUCCACACCCCACUUAUUCCAGCAACAAGAAAUCUCAUUAGUGCUAAGACACUAGCCAGCUGCAAAAAGGGCGUAAGAAUAAUAAACGUUGCUAGAGGCGGAAUAGUAAACGAAAAAGAUCUGCUGGAAGCAAUUAAAUCAGGACAAUGUGGAGGAGCUGGUAUUGAUGUAUUCGAACAGGAGCCACCAACGGAUCCUAUCACUCUUGAGCUUAUUGCACACGAUAAAGUAGUGGCUACGCCCCAUUUAGGAGCCAGCACCACCGAGGCUCAAAUAAGGGUAGCUGUGGAGGUAGCUGAACAAAUUAUAGCACUUACUGGAACCACUCAGGAUUAUACUUCUACUGCUGGAGUCUUAAAUCCGGCCGUAAUUAAUAAAGUAAAAGCCUAAAUUGUUUAUUAAAUUGGAAUGUAUUAUAUAAAUAGAUUUUUUUUGUUAAUUACUGUUGGUAGACCGUCAAAUUGAUAUUAUAAAUAAAUGUUUAAUUUUCGUCAUA